AUGAGAGGGUUAAUUGAAAUUGGUGGUGCUGCUGGUGGACUGACUGGAGCGGAAGUGUUUGGUGCAAAGGUUGUUUGGUGCAAAAGUGGUUUGAUUCUGGAGGGAGGUGCAACCGAAGAAAGAGAGAGAGAGAGAGAGAGAAGAAGAAAAAAAACAUAUCAUUUCAUUCUUGAUAUGAAAGUAAAAAAUAUGAAAUCGAGAAAGAAGGAAGGAGAGAGAGAGAGAGAGAGAGAGAGAGAGAUU